CGAUGGGCCCUGCUGCUCCCGCCCCGGCGCGGUGCCCGGCGUGCAGCAGACGCUGGACGAGAUGGACUUCGAGAGGGGGGUGGGACUGGGCCUGACUCUCCACCUGAUGACCUCACCUGGGAGACGCAAGCCGGCUCAGGUGUCGGAGACUGGCCGGGGAGCGGAAUCUACAAGUGGAGGCGUGGAGCUUCAGGCGGGCGGCGCGGUGAAGGGAGCUACCACUUGCUGAGCCUGGUGGGUGGGCGCUGUGCGUGCGUCCCAUACGGCAACAAAGAAUUAUCUGGCCCAAAAUGUUAACUGUGCUGCUGUUGAGAAAGAAGCCUUGCCCCAUCCAAAGUCCGUCAAGUCCAGGAAUCUGGUCAGCAGCCCUGCAUGGAGACCUGGGUCGUGUGAAAUAUUUAGUCCAGAAGGCAACGGACCCGAGUCAGCCUGACUCGGCUGGCUACACGGCGCUGCACUACGCCAGCCGCAACGGGCACUAUGAUGUAUGCCAGUUCCUGCUGGAAAAUGGAGCCAAGUGUGAUGCCCAGACCCACGGAGGUGUCACUGCUCUGCACCGGGCCAGCUACUGCGGGCACACUGAAAUAGCACGGCUUCUGCUUUCCCAUGGGUGCAACCCCAGGUUGGUAGAUGAUGAUGGCAUGACCAGUCUACAUAAGGCUGCUGAGAAGGGUCACAUGGACGUUUGCUCCCUCCUGUUGCAGCACAGCCCAGCCCUGAAGUCUGUCCGGGAUCGAAAGGCACGGCUAGCAUGUGACCUGCUGCCCUGCAACAGCGACCUGCGGGACCUGCUGGCCAGCUGAGUCACCACGCUCCUGUCUCGGGCUGCCCUUGACGGGUGCACAGACUAGCUCUUCAAGCACCUGCUUUGGUCAGCAUCCGUGCUGCAGGGUGGGAAACUGAGGCCAGAAAACCCACAAAGAGCUCCCUUGUGGUCACUGUGGAAGGGAGGGAGUAGAUUUGGUGGGGCUAAAAGUGUUUAAGCCUGGACAGGUGAUCAUAUUCUAAAUUAGUUCAUGAGGAAACAUCUAUCCAUUUGGAAAAAAAUAAAGUUAUAUCCUUAUCUCAUCCCACACGCAAAGAUAGAUUUCAAGAUUAAAGACCUAAAUAUAAAAACAUUAAACUAUUAGUGUUAGUAUUAGAAGAAAACAUGGAAUAUGUGACAAAAGCUGCUUUCUAGCUAAGUGACCUUGGUGUAAGUCGCUUUACCUGUCUGUCCCUCAGUUUCCUCAUCUGUAAAGUGAGAAUGAUUAUAAUAGGGCCUGCCUCGAGGUCAUUGUGGGGACUAAAUGAGUGAGUACAGGAUGUGGAGAGCACUGAGGGGCGUGCCUGGCACCCGGCAGGCAGCGUGCAAGAGUGCCCACUUCCCCAAAACUUGAUCAAUGCUCGCUUUCAUUCCGUAAUUUCAUUAAUUUUAACAACCUUAUAGGUGGAAAGUGCUAUUGCUUUAUUUUGUGUUGCUAAUUACUAGUGAGGUUGAACACCUGCCUUCUGUGAACUUACUGUCCAUGUCCAUUUAAAAAUUUCUUUGUUUUUAUUGAUUCAUAGGAAUUGCUUAUAUUUUGGAUA